CUCCGGGCUGGACUCGGCGCCUCGGUGGAGGCCGGUGGGGUGCCCAGUGCUCGCCGGCUGCUCGCGGCGCUGGCGACGGGACGGAGGACGCGGGAAGGGCCACUGCGGCGGGUGGCGGCGCUCGCGGCGGAGGGGCUGCGGGUCCGGGGUCGGGCCUGGACGUGCGGGGCCUUUCAGGAAACCGUGAGGAAGACGCAGGUGGAAACGCUGGGGAUAAGAUGAAGAAUGCCUUCAGAGGGCAUGUCAGCUGAUUUGACGCAGCCGAGGGAAAAAAGUCAGUGAACUUGACAGGUUAAUAGAAAUGCCCCAAACUGAAACACAAGAGAAAAGAGAGUGACCCACAAACCCAGAACAGGGGGUCCCCGAGCUGUGGGACGGUAGCAGGCGGUCUCACGCGUCUGCAGUUGGAAUCGCAGCAGGAGGAGAGAGAAAGAAAGGGGCGGAAGAAACAUUUGGAGAAUAAUGGUCAAGAAUUUUCCAAAAAUACUGAAAGAUAGCAAACCACAGAUCAAAGACUGCUUAAAGAAGCACGAGCAGGAUAAAUAAGUUUAAAAGAAAAAGAAAGUAAAUGAAAUAUUCAAACCACUGAAAGCCAAAGAUAAAGAGGAAAUCGUUAAGACAGCCAGAGGGAAAUUGCAUGGGUAGAGAUGUGGGGAAAGCCUUCCAGGUGGAAGGAACAGCGGGAGCAAAGCCAAGGAGAGGUCGUCAACUUUAUUGAAGUUUUGAAAUAACCAGAUGGCGUGUGAGACAGAGUGUCGUCCCUUGGGCGUAUUUAAGUGCCAGCUCUGUGCCUUGAUAGCUCCAUACAGCUAUGUGGGCCAGAAGCCCCCCGACACCCAGUCUGUCAUCCUCCUGGAGGAGAGCUACGUCAUGAAGGACCCCUUCACCUCAGACAAGGACAGAUUCCUGAUCCUGGGCUCGCGAUGCAGUUUAUGCAGCAGGCUGGUGUGUGUGGGCCCGGAAUGCAGUAUAUUCUAUUCCAAGAGAUUUUGCCUCCCUUGUGUCCAGAAGAACAUCGAUGCUUUCCCUCAGGAAAUUCGGCAGGACUUGGAGAAAAGGAAAGUUCCAUCAAAGAGGCCUGCCAGCCAGCCCAGUUCUCGGAUAUGAGGGCAGCUGGGUGCCAGAUCCACAGUAGCACCCUACACGGGACUCCUGGGCCAGCUGGGCCUCUGUGGCUUCUGGGUCAGGGAUGGGGCUGAGCUGGGAGCUGCUUGGCCCUGCCUUGUUUGUGGGCAGUUGGGAGCAGGGUCUGUAGCCCAAGGUAGCUGGGGUCCAGCCUGCAGCAGCAACAGGGCCGGGAGCCACACAGAGAAGGCCCCCCAAAGGCAGACCUCAGACCAGACAUCCUGCAAACCCAGCCGUGCUGCUCCAUAGCUCCCCUCCCUGAGACCCAGGGCGGGAACUGGCGACAAAGGGAAGCCACAGCCGGGCUUGCUGGCCCUUUAGCUCUCCUCCAGGGCUGAGGUUCCAGGCCUUCCUGCAAGGUCCUCCCCUGGCUUCUGCUCACACAGGGCCAGGCCUGGAAGGCUCCUUUUACCCAUCGUAUGAUUCAUCACACCCAGGAAUUGCCUCCAUGUGCCACGCUGCUCUGCUGGGUCUUGUGGACACAGCAGCAAAGGGACAAAGGCCCACUGUCUCAGAGCUGUUGAUCUAGUAUGGGGACCCUAUAUGUGGUCACAUCUGGGGGGGUCAUGCUGUCCAUGCUCAUGCAGAGGCCGGAGGGGCUGCUUCUCCCAGCCAUCGCAGAUAGAGGGGUCUCCUGCCUUCCCAAAUGCCAGAAAGUGAGUGCUCACGCCACGAAGAUGUCAUUCAGCAGAAUGGUCCACAGGGAGGCGACCUGUAUGCUUGUGGGAAGAUGCUGAGGCAUGCUGAGAGCUACAGAACACGACUGGGAGGUCUGGGGGAUAAAGCUUUUACUUCACAUCCUUAUGUGAUGCUUGGAAAAUGUUUUUAAUCUUGACCAUAUAUCAUGUUUAUAAUUAAAAACCCAAAGAACUAGUUAAUGUUUUGAAAAAUAAUCCUUCCCCUGAAACAUUUGUGAGACCAGUGUUCUCCGCAAGUGCUCU